GGGCUUUCCAGGAGGGGGCGGGGCUUGGGGGGCGCGAGGCGAAGGCGGGAACGCUGAAGGGGCGCUGAGGGAGCCUGGGCUCGGGGCGGGUGGGCAGAGGCCAAAGGCGCUGCGGAAGAGCAGAAGCGUUGUGUUAGGCCGUUGGGUUAUUUACAGCCUCUGAAAGGGAAAUGACGUUGCGUUAGAGAGGGUUACGGUAAUUCAGCACAAGCUCGUUUAACCAGAGGUGAGCCUACGCAGUCGCUGCAGGUACACAGCUUGGGUUUGAGGCCCUUGAGCUGGCAGGCUCAGAUGCCGUCUCAGGUGACUUAGAAGAGGAGUGCCUAUUAGCCAGUCUCUUUCUCUCACUGGAUAAAAAUAACUUCAAAGCUGAUUUGCAGCAAUCAGAAAUAAUUGGUGAAGACCUACAGUAUUCUGUGUUAUAUUGGAUGUUCUCACAAUGAAGAUAUCUCUACUACAGCAGAUGUAUAAGGACAUACUGGCAGGCACUCCAUUGCCAAAGGAAAGCUAUUAUUACACCUCUUUUCUUAAUCUGUGUGUUGGGCAGUCACAAGAAAGAGAUGAAUUACGUGAUCUGCCAUCUACUGAUGACAGUAUUAGGAGUCAUCAGGAUGCUGUUAUCCCUACAACAGAUGAUGUAUCACAUAAUUUAGCAAACAUGAACUUCUCAUUUUGUCCACGAGAAGUGAUGCUGCUUCAAUUAACUUUGAUCGAAAUGCUGGUUGCUAAAGCAGAGUCCCAGGAAAUUGGAUUCAGUACACAACAGAAGUACUGUGAAAUCCUUCUCCUUCUUUUGAAGGAAACACAAGUUGACUCAAAAUUGGUUUGUCUUCUCAGUAGCUACGAUCAGCUGUUAUCUCAUAUGGCUUCAAAAAGUUUAGCAUCUCUUGUAUAUUUCCAACUGAAGGAAGAAAAUGCAGUAAAUGUCACCUGGCUCAGCUUCAGUUUGAAAAGUCUUCUGGAGUUCCCUAUGCAUACUCAAGUAGCAGGAUGUCUGUGGACUCUUAUGGCUGUUAUCAAGGAUGUAACGAAAGAUAAAAUGUUACCUGAAUCAGGUAUUUUGAAGUUGUUGGCUCCUCUUGAUGCUGUGCUUGAAGGAUUUUACAAUUCCAUUCUGCAACAUCAUUUUGAUAGUCAACUUUAUAGUUCACCUUAUUCUGAAGCUGCAAACAACUUGGUCAGUUUCGUAGACCUGCUUGAAGCGCUUCUGGCUUCUAGGACUCAAUUACAGCUACCACUGAGAUGCCAGAGAGUACUGUUCUUAAAAGUGUCUUAUGUCCUGAACCUUAUUAACUCAUCAACUCAGUAUUUUAUCAAGAAGAAGUUCAUUAUGCUUCUUAAAAAAUGCAUCCUUUACAAGCCUCAAGAAGAUGCUGUAAGUGGGUCUCAAUUCUUACAAAACCCAUAUUUAAAAGAGGAUAUGCUUGCAUUAAGUAAUGCUGUUCUGCAAGUUGUGAACUUGACUUGGCUUAAUGAAAUCCCACUCAGUGGAAAGGCCAGCUACUUUGGAAGCAGUGAAGCUCUUUCUGGAGAUAAUACUCAAAGUGGUUCUGACCAAACUGUUCUCAGAGCCUUAAGCCUGGCUGUGCUCAAAGCACUGGAGUUCAAGUGUCAGAACUCUGCUACAGAAGCUGAAAUCAAAGAAGGCUUUGAAAGUUCCAUGUCCCAUCUUUUGACAUUCUGGAGGAAUCACAUGAAGUUUUCCCUUCACAUCGCACAUCAUUGUGAAUGGCUCUCCUUGGUUUUUAUAGAGCAGGACGAUGACAUGUGGGAAGCUGCAAAAGCUUUAUUACUCAUUUAUUUAAAAAUUGAUAGGUUACGGUGUGAUGCUGCAGAUAAUUUAAGUCGGGAAGAGGAGGAAAGCUGGGACUUCCAUACACAUGCGAAUGGCUAUAAUCCUCACUGCAUAUUUUUAUUUUUUCUAGAAAAAAUCUCUUUUGAUUCCACAGUACUUCUAGAUUUUUUGAUUUCCUCAGAAACUUGCUUUCUGGAGUACUUGGUAAGGUACUUAAAACUUCUUAGAGAAGACUGGCAUCAGUUUGUAAAGAUCUGUAACCAUUUUGAUACCAAGUGUGGCUCUUCUCAAGCAGUGUCUUCUAUCAAGCCUGAACUUCAAGAAAAACAAAGCUGCAUUGCUGGUGUGAGCUUGCAAAAUGCUUCUUGUGAACCAGAACCACAGACUUUGCUACCUUUGGCUUCUUCUCACAAUUACUUAGUGUUUACAACAGAGCAAGGUGAUAAUGAAGUUGCAGAGUCUAACCAGUCUAACUCAUUGCUAUGCAACAAUAAUACAUCUCUGCUGGGUUCUCUUCAAAGACUUGUUAAUUAUGACAGCUCAGAAGAUUCUGAAUUAGAAUCAGUUGGAGAAGAGUGCUUAGUAAACACAAAGCAGAUGCCUUUACAUAAGGAGUGUGAGACAAUGAUAAGGGAAGCUGUUUGCAGCUACACAGAUGAUAAACAGAAUAAACUCAAGUCUGAAGUGUUGCCUCUGAAACAAAAGGGAUCUAAUACCUCAUCCAAUCUGGCACAUAUAGUGUCUUCAGAUAAUAUCAUUCCCCUAAGAAUAAUGCUUUAUAAAUCAACAAAGUGUUUGGAAGAACUGCAAAAAGCAAUUUCUAGACUGCAGGGAAGAAAUCUUUUCCCUUAUAAUCCAUCUGCGCUGUUGAGACUACUGAGCCACAUUGAGAAGAUUAGUAAGAACACGAAUUCACAAUAAAUCAAAGAAGUAUUCUAGUGAUUUCUAACUAGUACACUAGAGGUGAAUGACUUCCAAGGCUCAUGCCUUUUGCACCUAUCAGUGUAUUAAAACUGAAAUUGGAUGAACGUGGUUUUGGUUGACACUGUAAAAAGUCUGCAGUUGUGCUCAGUGACAUGAUCUGUUACCUCAGGGUCUCAGGCUUAUUUGUGGUAUGUAUGUCAUGCACUGUCUAUCAGUAGUAAUUGCUAGGAAUGCAAAAAUUGCUAAUAAAUAACUUAUCUGAAAGAAUAUCAACAACAUACAAUAUUUAAAGUCUUGUCAGUUAUACUUAACAUCAUUCUAAUAUAGCAAUUUAGUAGUGAUUGCCAGAUUGAUGGUGAUUUGUGGACUUUAAGCAGUUAAGAGGUUAAGUGAAAUAAAAUAUAUAGCUGGGGACA